AUGCCUCGUAACGCGGCCUUCCAUCCCGAACGCGAGCCCUUCCGCAACACACCCGAACUCCAGCUCGACAAUAGCAAGAUCAAUGGCCCUUUCGCAUUCUUGAACCCUACGCAGGCGCAUUACGAUCAUGUUGCGAAUGAGAAGACAGCUGCUGCCAGCUCGGACGUGUCACAAGAUGCAGAUAUACCAGCAGAGCAUACACAACCAAGCACCGUCGCAGCAUCCGGUAUAGCAUACAAGUGGACCUCCCGCAAUAACCGUAAAGGCCGACACGCCCUCGUCGUCAAACCCAGCAGUGACACAGAUGCUCGAUACACCGCUCCAGCUCCGACCACUUCUUCCAAAGCCAUUCUACACAACAUCGGCCGUAUGCUAACUCACUAUCCCGUCUGGGACGUCUCCUACCUGGUCGCCUAUGUCUUCACGUGGGGCUCAGUAAUCUGGGUGAUAAAUGCCUUCUUCGCUCUGCUUCCUUUUGCCAACCCUAAGAGCGAAUUUCCUGGCGAAGUGUUGUAUGGAGGUGGCAUCACGGCAUUUAUCGGUGCCACGGUGUUCGAGAUUGGUAGCAUUCUACUCAUGCUCGAAGCGGUGAACGAGAAUCGUGCAGGGUGUUUUGGAUGGGCUGUAGAAAAGCUAUACCAUGGCGAGCAGGGCGGUACUAGCCAGGUGACGCCGGACAACUGCACCCAUCACCAUCAGAACAAGGGCAAUCUUGUCGGCAAGGCCGUUGGCAGCGAGAAAAUAGCAGGAGACUCAGCAGACGCAGAUGGCACACCACCCGGCACCAAGUCGUGGGUCUGGUGGCCAUCGAUACACGAACUCCGAACUCACUACCUGCACGACCUUGGCUUUCUCGCUUGCUCCGCCCAAAUGUUCGGCGCGACUAUCUUCUGGAUCUCCGGCUUCACUGCAUUGCCAGGAAUCUACGACAACCUUUCACCAACUCGAGUGCUGAACGGCGUAUACUGGGUGCCGCAAGUAAUUGGCGGUACCGGCUUCAUUGUCUCCGGGAGCCUGUUCAUGAUCGAAACACAGAAGCACUGGUGGCAGCCUGCUUUUGGGGUGUUGGGUUGGCACAUUGGGUUUUGGAAUUUGAUCGGAGGUCUUGGUUUCACCCUUUGUCCGAUUUUCGGAUUUUCGACCGUACAUUGGCGGGAGUAUCAGGCUUCUUGUUCGACAUUUUGGGGUUCAUGGGCCUUCUUGAUCGGCAGCGUGCUACAGUGGUACGAAAGUCUCGAGAAGCACCCAGUAGAAAAGGCGAAGGAAUCAUAA